UCAAAAGCUUUCCUUUCAGUAAUCACCAACUUAUUACAAAUCAAUCCCAAGAAACUUUUUUUAUUGAAUCUAGACCCCAAACCCCACCAUGCAGAUCUCUUCAGUGAAGCUCAGAACUCCGGCUUUCGCGUCGCCGGAGUUCUUGAGCCGGAGGUGCCUCAUAAAGUCUCACUCUUUAUCACUACCCAAUUUCCACAAUGCCCAAAAAACCGCUUCUUCUUCCUCUUCCUCUUCCCUCAAACCCCUUCACAUAUCUUCCGGGGACUGUUUCGCAUUGGCGGGCAAAGCCGAGAAGGGAACCGCCGUCUGCAAGGCCUACGAGGCGGACCAGUCACGGCCUCUGGAAAUCAACAUUGAGUUGCCGGACCAGCAGGAGGCGGCCCAGAGGCUGAAAAUUGGUUUAUAUUUUGCUACCUGGUGGGCACUUAAUGUUGUGUUCAAUAUCUACAACAAGAAGGUUUUGAAUGUGUUUCCAUAUCCAUGGCUCACCUCCACGCUCUCCCUCGCAACCGGAUCGCUCAUGAUGCUCGUUUCAUGGGCCACCAGGAUAGCCGAGGCCCCGAAAACUGAUCUAGAUUUUUGGAAGACUCUGCUUCCGGUUGCGGUGGCACAUACAAUUGGGCAUGUUGCGGCGACUGUGAGCAUGGCGAAGGUGGCGGUUUCGUUCACUCACAUCAUCAAGAGCAGUGAGCCUGCAUUCAGUGUAUUGGUUUCGAGGUUCUUGUUAGGUGAAACGUUUCCUCUCCCAGUUUACCUCUCGCUCUUUCCGAUCAUUGGAGGAUGCGCGCUCGCUGCUGUUACCGAGCUCAAUUUCAACAUGAUUGGGUUCAUGGGGGCUAUGAUAUCGAACCUGGCAUUCGUGUUCAGGAAUAUAUUUUCGAAGAAAGGGAUGAAGGGCAAGUCUGUUAGUGGGAUGAACUACUAUGCUUGUCUGUCUAUGUUGUCUCUACUGAUCCUGAUUCCAUUUGCCAUCGCCGUGGAGGGACCCAAGAUGUGGGCUGCUGGAUGGAACACAGCUCUUGCGCAGAUCGGUCCCAACUUCGUAUGGUGGGUGGUGGCACAGAGUGUCUUCUAUCACUUGUAUAAUCAGGUUUCAUACAUGUCACUAGAUCAGAUAUCUCCCUUAACAUUCAGCGUUGGGAACACAAUGAAGCGGAUAUCCGUCAUAGUCGCGUCCAUCAUCAUCUUCCACACACCUAUCCAACCCGUCAACGCACUCGGAGCAGCCAUUGCAAUCCUUGGAACCUUCCUCUACUCACAAGGCAAGCAAUGAGGAAUGUUUGAAGAUGCCAAAGUUAGCUUGUAUGAUAGAUGAUGAAGAGAGACAAAGAGACUGCUCUUCCUAUGGAUAUGAAAGUGUGUAAGAAUCAAUCACAGGGUGUUUGAGUAUGGUCAGCCGAACUUCUUGGUCAUGGAUUCAUAGAGUUGGUUUACGGAAUCACAUACGCUCUGUUACGCGCCCGAUAUGGUUUAAUUAGAUUGCGUUCAUCGGUUGAGAAAUUGUAUUGUAAACUUUUGUAGUUAAUAAGAAGAAUGUUUGUUUUAAGGCAGAAUAAUAGUUGGAAAUUAAAUUUCAAUUCUCAAGUAGAACCAAUUUUCUCAA